AUGACUAUCCAGCAAAGGCCUGAGGAGUCUUUGCGCGAAUACAUGGUGCGUUUCAAUAACGAGUCCCUUCAGGUUCGAGAUCGCGAUGACAAGGUGGUCAUGGCUGCCUUCAUUAACGGGUUGCGAAAACAGAAGCUCUACACCGAGCUUGUGGAGAGACCUCCCAAGUCAGUUCGGGAAAUGCUAGACCGAGCUCAUGAGAAGGCCAACGCAGAGGAAGCCAAUCGCCUUGAGAGUGCACAAGAAAGAUUGAGGGAUGACCAGCGCAGGAGGGGCGCUGACCAGGUGGAUGCACGGCCUGGCCAGGGAAGGAAGAACGCUUAUGACCGCCUCCUUAGGAGCCGCCCAAUGGGAGGAGACAAGUCUUGGACUAGCCUCACGGCACCUCGAGCUCGGGUGCUCGCAGUGAUGGAACAGGAGGGGCUCUCUCGACCUCCUCGACUUUUGGCCGGGGACAUAAGCAGACGGGACCAAGUUCUGUAUUGCGCUUAUCAUCGAGAUGUGGGGCACGAUACUGAGGACUGCCGUCACCUCAAGAGAGACAUUGAAAAACUGAUCAAACGAGGCCACCUUGGGCAGUUCAUACGAGAUGAACGAGCUGACCAACAACGAGAAAGGCCCAGGUCGGAACGUCCGAGCUACCCCCGGGACCGACCUCAGGGGCCUCGUGGCCGAACUCCCGAGCAGGAAACACAGAAUCUGGCGGGAGUGAUUAACACUAUUGCCGGAGGACCUGCUGGCGGGGAUAGUCAUACAGCUCGGCGGCAUAAUCGCCCCCUUCUCACGGGGGAGAGCUCGGCCAAGCGAUUGAAGAUGUAUGAGGAAAUUAUCUAUGGAUCUGAAGACGCAGUCCCUCUGGCCUCUAAUAACCAUGAAGCCAUUGUGAUAGAAGUCAUCACCUGUAAUUACAAGGUGAAAAAGGUAUACAUAGACAACGGAAGUGCCAUAGACGCAAGACCUUUAAGGAGCUACAGCUGGAGGAUAGACAGCUCGUACCGGUUCGAACUCCGUUGA